AUGGCGAACCUGCCGAGCAGCAGCGGAAUGCUCUUCCGACUGUUAUCCAACGUCUUCUCACCGUCAAUCGUCUCGAAAUGCAGCGCGUCAGGCAGAUGGUGGCCGCAGCCAGCGUGAGUAAAAAAUAGUCUUUGCAUGGGAGAAAUAGUCGUUUUUCCUGAGUCAGCUGCUAGGGAAUUGUUACAACUGGGUCUUGUAUUCAGAAUAAAUCUUAAAUUUUGUUUGAAACGCUGUGAGACGGAGGUUGUAACAGUUCUCUUUGCAGUCGUCGCUUCUCCACGAAACCUGACGAGAUAUCGUCUCUCGAGCGCACUUCGAACGACAAGGACGUCAUUGUGACGCCCGCACAAGGCAUUAAGCUGUCGAAAUCAGAUGCGGCGCCCGUUUAUUACAAGCCGAAGUCCACGGGACCCGGGUACGAGCUAGUCGAGCACAAGAAGGGAGAACUGAUUGCAAACUACACGCUUUUCGAGGCGGCAGUCAACAAAGCAAAGGUUCCAUGGGUGAAUUACGACGGAUUGACGAGCGAAGAGCGGAGUAUCCACAUGGCACACAUGAGGGCGAUCAACGACCGGAAACUGACCUAUCUCGAUCCGAAGACCGGCUACACAGUCUUCACGAUAUCACACCAUUUGAAAAGAGGAAAAUGCUGUGGGAGCGGCUGUCGGCACUGUGCGUAUGAAAUGAUUAAUGCCAAGGAAGAAGUGCGCUCGAAAAAAGUGUGGAACGGAGCCUUUUAUGUUUGAAAUUUUAGUAGUCGUUCUAGUUAGUUGUUGCUCAAUAAAUUGGUGUUUCUCCUAUGCAAAGACGUGUUCGUGAACGAAACAGAGAAUAAAUAAGGAUGCUACUCCGAAUGAGAACUGUCCGAAUCAGAACCUAUCUGCAGGUGGUUCUUGUUACGAAAAGUCAUGUUGUGACGGGUUCAUAUUCGGGGCAUUUCUAGCUCGGCGUACUCUCUAAAUAAGUAAAUUGUACAGUUACGAGUUGUCGAAGCACCGAUCUCGUGCUCCGAGCAUGGGAAUUCACCGAAGAACUCGUCUGGAAGUGGUCGACAACUCGGCGCUCGGAAAGGAAGCGAAUACGACCGGAAAGCUUCCGUAUUGUAUUCACGUAUACAAACAGGGAAGACGUGCCAAGCACAUGCCACAUGCCGAACUCGGAGACAAGGUUUACACGUAUUCUGAGUCAAUAUCCCAUUGAAGAACUUUACAGAUUCUGGUGGCCAUCCGUGGUCAGAUGCGUAAAGCGUACGUCGUCGGCGCGAACACGCAUGUACACUACCGAAAGCAUGGAGUCCCAGUGACCGACAAAAACAUGAUCGUGCUUUUGGACGAAGAAGGAAACCCGCUCGGAAACAGAAUCACUGCUCCGAUCCCCACAAAGUUGCUUGCAAAUCGCGGAAAUGUGCAAUUCGCGAAAGUUCUCGCACUGGCCAACAAGUUCAUCUGA